AUGGAUGUUCGUAGACUUCCAAAAAGACAUCCUUCAACGGAAAAUCAUCCUUUGAUAGCAAAAGAUGACGACGACGACGAUGAUUCCACUUUUCACUGCCAUACUGAAGUUUUUAUUAAACCAGCUUCCCCUCAGAAACGUGUUUGCUCAAAAAAUAACAUCACAGCAGAGAAUUCUUACAGUACAAAUAAUCUUCCAUCCACAAACAAAAAUAAAAAGGAAUUAACAUUAACAUCUGCCAACCAUAAUGGGACAGGCCUCUAUGAAACAAUCAUUGAACAGCUGGCCUGUCGACUUUCCAUGAAUACAAUGCUCAAGAACAUUGUACUGACUCCAUUCAAAACAUGCUCUCACCAGAGGCGGUCAAGAAGUUGGAACAGAUUGAGAAAUGAAUCAAAGGAGAGGAGAUUGUUUGGUGAUGACAGUGAUUGCUGCAACGAGGUCAACCAUUACUCUAAUAGAAGGAAAGAUGAAAUUGAAUUAAAUCAAUUUACUGGGAUUAAGGCAAUGGUCAGAAGUCAUGGCCACAAGUUUGAGUAUGUGAUAAUGAACAAGGCCACCUGGUGUGACAAAUGUGUCUGCUUGUACACUUGUCACAUAACGUGCAAGAACAUGGUGACGCUGAAGUGUCCCUCCCUACAAAUCAACAACCUCAUCAUCAACGUCAGGAAGUGCAAGUUGGAAACUGCACUCAGUUUGCAGCCUAAAUUGUCUGUUACUUCCUACGACGAAGAAGAUAACAGCAUCAACACGUCUAAUGCCUGUGAUUCUAAGAAUGGAAGUAGCAUUAAAAUUACAUACAACAAGAUGUUAGAUUUUGAAGAAAAAGUCAAAACAUUCAAUGAGAGCAACAAGUUUGGUCUCUUCUUCCGACUGAUGCCAACAUCGAUGCAAGGUUCAAUAAGAGUUCACAUGAAUCUUUGCCGACCGAUCACGAUGCUUGCAUCAACUCCACCUCCUUCGUUAUUGUGCGAUGAUCUGAGCCAGUCAAGAGCUUACAAGACAUCAUUUCACAUGCCCAAAGAUACAUCAAAACUCAUUUAUAUAAACGAUAACACGACAGCAAUGGAAGUAGUUGAACUGCUGUUGAAGAAAUUUUGCAUCGUCGAAAGUCCAAAGCAAUUUUCUCUCUACCAGAAGACAAUAAUCCACGAUGAUGUUCAUACCAUGAGAAAGUUGAAUGAGAACGACCUACCGCUUGUCCUCUGUCUUCAUUGGUUCUACCAGGGUGCAGAAGCUCUGGAUUCCAAUAAAUUCAUUCUUCAGGAAACUGAUGCUGGAGAUAUUAAGUGGGAUAUCUUCAGUACUCCGGAACUGGAAAACUUCCUGUGCAUGUUGCACAGGGAAGAGAAGGAGCACGAGGAAAGAAUCAGAGGGAAGAAUAAGAUGAUGAAGCUUCACAUCCAAAGAAGACUCAAAGAGAUCAUAAAGGAGAACAACUUGAGGGCUAACAACAGCGGCAGUAGUGGUUUUAUAUCCAGUUUUAGCAGUUGUACCAGUAUUGAAACGUCUGAUGGAUUCGAUCCUAAGCUUAAAACUCAUUCUUGUACUAAUAUGUUAAAUUACUUGUGA